AUGGAAACCAUAGCAAUAGACACAGAAUCACGAAGUACAACUUCAACCCACAACAUGUCCACCAAAACCAACAACACCUACACCUACAUAAUCGCCGGUGGCGGCCUCGCAGGCAGCACACUCGCCUCCCUCCUUUCAACCACUCACCCAUCUGCAAAAAUCCUCGUGAUCGAAGCCGGUCCUGAUGUCUCAAAACACCCACUGACGUCCUCCCCGCUCACGUGCUUCGGCGCGCACAAUUCACCCCUCGACUGGGCCUACACGACGGUCCCCCAAGCCCACCUCAACAACAGGGAGUGCUACAAUGCAGCGGCCAAGGCGCUCGGCGGCGCGUCGGCGAUCAACUACGGCACAUGGACAAGGGGUGAUGCAGCGGAUUAUGAUCGGUGGGCGGAGGUCGUUGGGGAUGAGGGGUGGAGUAUGCGGGGCUUUUGCCGUAUUUUCGAAAGACUGAGACGUGUGUUGGUGCGAGGGGGGAUGACAGCGGGGAUGCGCAUGGGGUCGACGGGCCGAUUUACAAUGGAUGUGUCUCCGGGAGUCAUGCGGAGAGGAAGUAUCCGCUUCGCGAGCCAUUGA